GUUUUGACAGAUCAGGCGUUCAGUUGCGCUCCAGAGAGCGACCGUAGUAGUUGUGAAAGUAGUGUGUUGUUGUUAAAAAGAACGUGUAAUCGAAAGCUGCAUCGCAGUUCGACGAUGACGCAAAUAUUUGCUCAACUUCCCGCUGGCCAGCCGGGUACGCUGACGGCGGACAAGCCGCACCAGCCCGUCAACGAUGAGCACCUGGUGGACGUUCCGGUGAUUGGCAGUGCACCGGCGACUGGUGGCGGUUUACGUGCCGCCUGCGCCGGAUUGCUUACGGGCAACAGGGCGGAAAUGCGGAACCGUCUUCGAGUGCUCCAGCUGCUGCUCACCAUUGGAGCGCUGGCCACGAUCCGGCCGCAGUACAACGAGCGGUGGCAGUGGGCAACCCUGGUGGUGUUGGUGCACACGUUCGUCUUUUCGUUCGUGCUGCUGUGGGACAAGCGUUGCGCCGGCACCAUCGUCCGCAAACUGCUGCCACUGUACGACUGGCGUGCCCUGGACCUCCGCUACACGUCCACCGUCUCAGUGGUGCUGUACGUCCUCUUCUACGGACUGGUGUCUGCGGACAAGGGCUACUAUGGCACAGUCACCUGCAACUGGAUAUCGGCCAUUCUUUCCCUGCUGACCGCCCUGGCCUACGGUUGCGAGAGCUGGCUGCAAUUGCGCAACGACUACGACGGGCGUCCAUCAGCCAACAAUUAACCCAAUGUUAACAAAAUAGAACUCUCGCUCACUAGCGCCAUCUAGGGGCCAAGGACGUGUGUACCCCUUGCAUGCAGCAUAUUGCAAGCAACCGAGGUGUUUGCCUUAGCUCAACGCCACCUGUCUCGGGAAGUUGAUGCCUUUUACAUUACCCCUACCGUAGUGAGUGUUUGUUUGAAUUAGAAAGGUGACGGUUUAUUUCGCUAACCAAAUAUUGGAUUACUAAUAAAUGAUGCAAACUAAUCACGUUAUUCCAGCAUUGG